UUUUGAAAAUUUAUCGUUAAAUAUUUGUUUUGUUACAAAAUUUGAUUAGAUUUUGAACAUAUAAUCUUCGAAUAUGUAUAUUAGAAAUGACUUCUGCAUAGGUAGAGUAGGUGACGUUUGUUUAUAUUCUUUUGUGUCAGACUCCACCUAUGAGAUACACCAAAUAUAUUUUUGUUGUUAAUUUUUCAAAUAUUUUCAAAUUCUCAAAAAAAAUUGGUUUGAGUGGGGUUGUUUUGGGAUUUUCACUCGUAGAACUUCAAAUUUUAUUCAAGUAAAAUGCAUAUCUAAAUACAAUUCCAUAUUUUAGAAAGUUAAAUUUUCAUGUUUCGAAUUCAAAAUCUGUGAAAAAAGGGAGUUUAGUGUUUUCCUUUUUGCCUUGUUAUUAGUUUAUAUAUAUAUUUAUGUUUCGCUUAGAAAAUAUUGGAUUCAGUUGAAACGUAAGUUGUAUAUAAACUCUCAUCCUCCAAUGUCCUUUUAUGUUUAUAAUCAAAGAUGCUAUGUCUUAGAAAUUUACAUUUGCGUAUAUGAAACACCUUUUUUUGGGUGGUAGUGGUUGUUUGUUCAUAUUUUUGCAUUUUUCCAGAAUCAGUUGAUGCUUUUUGUCUAAAAAUUUGAGUGGUGCACUUCAAUUCAUACCAUUCUGAUAUGUGUCUUUGCUGUGACAGGCCUAAAAAAGCUCUGAAUUUUAGAUCAGAGGUGAAGAGAAUUCGCGCCAGAAGAUGAAGUAUAUGAAGCUUGGAUCUAAGCCUGAUCAGUUUCAGACUCAAGGAGAUAGUAUCAGGUAUGUAGCAGCUGAAUUGGCAACUGACAUGGUUAUCAAUGUUGGAGAUGUGAAAUUUUACCUCCACAAGUUCCCCCUUCUGUUGAAGAGUUAUCGCUUACAGAAACUGAUUGCGUGUACAAACGAGGAAAAUAUUGAUGAAAUCAACAUCCAUGAUAUACCUGGUGGACCUGCUGCUUUUGAAGUAUGUGCAAAGUUCUGUUAUAAUAUGACAGUAACUUUGAAUGCAUAUAAUGUCGUUGCAGCUCGUUGUGCAGCAGAUUACUUGGAAAUGUAUGAGUCAGUUGAGAAGGGAAAUCUUAUCUACAAGAUUGAAGUUUUUCUUACGUCUAGCAUCUUCCGGAGCUGGAAAGACUCCAUCAUUGUUCUUCAGACCACAAAAGCUUUUCUUCCUUGGUCCGAGGAAUUAAAAAUCGUUAGUCAUUGCCUGGAAUCUGUAGCUUCUAAAGCUUCUGUAGAAACCUCAAAGGUGGACUGGUCUUACACUUAUAACCAUAAAAAGCUUCCAUCCGAAAACGGAAGUGAUCUGCACUGUAAUGCGAUAAGCUGGCAACAGCUUGUUCCAAUAGAUUGGUGGGUUGAGGACCUUUGUGAGCUUCAUAUUGAUUUGUAUAAACGGGUCAUAGUAACAAUAAAAACAAAAGGAAGGAUUUCUUCAGAAGCAAUAGGUGAAGCACUGAAAGCAUAUGCCAACCGGAGGCUCCCGGGAUUCAGCAAGGGCAGUAUACAAGGAAGUGAUCCUGAAAAGUAUCGGUACAUGGUUGAUACGAUUACUUGGUUGUUGCCCAAAGAGAAGAACAGUGUUUCCUGCAGUUUCUUGAUCAAAUUGCUGCAAACAUCUAUUGCAUGCGAAUGUGGACAAACGAUGAGAAGUGAACUGAAGAGGAGGAUUAGCCUGCAUAUGGAAGAUGCAACAGUAGGUGACUUACUAAUUCGAGCUCCAGAUAGUGAGACUAUUAUAUUCGAUAUUGACAUAGUACACGACCUCGUAGAGAAUUUCAUGUUGCAUCAAAAGAGAGGUCAGAUUGAUAGUUCUGCAGAUAAUAGAUUCCACGAUAUAUGCCCCUCGUUUGCAUCAGAUGAUUCCGAAGUAAAGGUGGCUAGGGUAAUCGAUGGAUACCUUGCUGAAGUUGCUAGAGAUCCAAAUCUACCGCUAUCGAAGUUUAUCAAUCUUGCAGAAUUGGUCUCUAGCGUCUCUAGACCUUCCCAUGAUGGAAUUUACCGCGCUAUUGACAUGUAUCUCAAGGAACAUCCUGGGAUAACUAAAAGCGAGAGAAAAAGAAUUUGUAGGCUAAUGGACUGCAGGAAGCUAUCAGCUGAGGCCUGCAUGCAUGCUGUGCAGAACGAGCGCCUUCCUUUACGAAUAGUUGUACAAGUUCUGUUCUUUGAGCAACUCAGAGCCACAGCAUCAUCCGGUGGUGGCAGCACUCCUGACCUGACUAGACCGGUCAAAUCUUUACUCCCGGUGGGAUCUCAGAGGUGCUCCACAUCAGCUACAUCCAACAUUGAUGACAAUUCAGAUGCUGUGCUCACAGCCAAGGAACUUAAAGAUCUGAAAGGUGAGUUUGCAACUCUAAGAUUGAGAGACAGAGGAGAUAACAAUUGUAUUAACUCGAAUGACAUGAUAAAAAAUGCUGCAACGGUUGACGAUAGCAAAGUGAGGAGUUCAGUCAUGUCCAAAAAGAUGUUCUCAAAACUAUGGUCAAAUAAAGAUAGACAAAGUGAGAAUAGCAGCUCAGAUACAUCAGAAAGCCCAUCAUCUUCUAAUGCAGGGGAAACAAAGUCUACCUCAUGUAAAGUGGGAAGCAUUCCCUCUCUAAAUAUUAGCUGAAAAGUAGCCACGAGUUCAAAACCGACUAGAGACCUAUGCCCGAUAUUUAAGAGGAGAAGGGUAAAGGAACCUGUCCAUUUGAGCCUUGUGCUCGCUUGGAGAUUUCUCGUUUAUAUAAGAAAAAAACAUAGCAUAGCUGUUGCACUCCCUGUAGACUCUAGGCUAUCCACUUAGAGAAAGUAUAGAUUAGGGCAAAGGAAGUUUUUAUAGAGGGAAACAAGUUCUAUGGUAGCUUUCAAAUUCUUUCCUUAAAAGUUCACUUUCUCUGUUAAUAAGUGGCUCCCAUACACCAAUUGUAUCAUAUUCUUGACAAUUAAAAUCUCUAAUAUUAUCAAUUGUAGCUGUAUAUUUCCUUUUUUGCAAA